AUGGAAACCAAUACAACUUUUACUGAAAAUUCGAAUUCACUGAAUUCAACAAAUUCAAAUGAUCAUUCUAUAAAUAACACAAAUAAUUCUUUAGCUUCAAAAGAAAGAUGGAAUUGCAGUUUGAUGAAUGAAUUCGAUUAUUUAGUGUUUUGUGCAUCAUUAAUAGGUCAGGCAACAAAUUAUUAUAGAUACGGCGAAAAAAAGAAUUGUUCAAAUCAUUUUCGAAAUGUGAAAUGGUGUUUAAAGAUGAAAUCUAAAAAUUUAGAUGAACGAAAGAAAAUGGUAUUAGAAAGAGAAGCAGAAAAGGAAGCACAAUAUAUUAAAAAGAAAAGUUCUUUGGAUGCUGCUCGCGAAAAGUUCGGCGAUGUAACUUAUCAUGCGCAAACAACAAUAAACGAUGUUUUUACUUAUGUUGAAGAAGACCGUUCGACUUUUGGAGUAAUUCCCUUCGAAAAUUCUAUUUUUGGUUCCGUAGUAACAACCUUAGACAGUCUCGUUAAAUCAAAAGUUCAAAUCGUAGAUGAAAUAUAUCUUGAUGUGAAUCAUAAUCUACUCUCAAAUUCAAAAUUCGAAUCAAUAACAAAAGUGUAUAGUCAUCCUCAGGCAUUCGGUCAAUGUCAAAAUUGGAUUAAUACAUACCUUAAAGGUGUUCAACAUGUUGAAGCUUUUUCUACAAGUGACGCAGCAAAAAAAGCAGCCAAGGAACCAAAUUCGGCAGCUGUUUCGAGUUCAGUUUCUGCUAAAAUAUACGGAUUAAAGAUAUUAGUGAGAGAUAUUCAAAAUGUUAAAGACAACAAAACUCGGUUUUUCAUUAUCAGGAAAACGUCAACAACUAUACCAACUGGAAAUGAUAGAACUUUACUUUUAUUCACAGUAGAUCAUCGGAGAGCCGGUGCACUUUGUGAUUGUUUAAAAGUUUUUAAAGAUUAUAAUAUCAAUUUAACGAAAAUUGAUUCAAGACCUUCUUCACAAAGACAUUGGCAUUAUGUGUUUUUUGUUGAGUUACAAGGUCAUAAAGAUGAAUCCGAUGUGAAAAAGUCGUUACAAGAAUUAAAUGGCCUUUGUCAAAGUUUAAAAGUUUUAGGAAGUUAUCAAAAUUUAAAACCUCAAGAAGAAAGCAACAAUUAA